CAUUUUUCUUGACCCUGUAAUUUUUACAGGAGAGCUAUCCAGCAGUGAUGAGAAAAAGUACAAAGCUCUUAAGCGAGCAACAGAGAGGGAGAUAUCACAGAGUGCGGAUGUCAUUUGUUGCACGUGUGUUGGUGCUGGAGAUCCUCGUUUGGCAAAUUUUAGGUUCCGCCAGGUGCUUAUUGAUGAGUCUACACAGGCAACAGGGCCCGAGUGUCUUACUCCUUUGGUUCUUGGGGCAAAACAGGCUGUUCUUGUUGGUGAUCACUGCCAGCUUGGUCCUGUCAUCAUGUGCAAGAAAGCAGCAAGGGCCGGUCUAGCUCAGUCGCUGUUCGAAAGGCUUGUGUUACUUGGUGUGAAACCAAUUAGAUUACAGGUUCAAUAUCGGAUGCAUCCUGCUCUUUCAGAGUUUCCAUCUAACAGCUUUUAUGAAGGCACCCUUCAAAAUGGAGUGACCAUUAAUGAAAGACAAUCACCUGGCAUCGACUUUCCUUGGCCAAUGCCGAACCGUCCAAUGUUCUUCUACGUCCAGAGAGCCCUUUUACUAAUUAUGUCUUCUUCUUCUCUCUGCCUUGGAAACACGAUGAGAUACUGAAUUUGAACUUCAAAUACAAAAUUUCCUUGGAUUUUGGUCAUUGAAGCAGACUUGUCCAU